AUGGCUCAACUCGCCGAAGUCGAUAGUUUGGAGGUGCUGGUCAUCGUCGAUAACGAGCUUGAUCCCAUCUCGUCCUACCAAGUACCCGGAUUGACUGUCGGCGGCCAGAUGCCCGAUGUUGCAGUUCGUGGACCAAUCCAGCAUGCAGAGAGAGGCGGUGCUGGAUACGAAAUCAGGAUGGACAACUUGUGUUGUGGAGCUCAUGGCCUAUCAUUGAUGAUUACUGCAACUAAAGGCGACAAGCGGCGAACGAUGCUCUUCGACACGGCUCCGGAGGAUCACAUCUGGGAACUCAACGCAAGGCGGUUGAGAGCAGAUAUAGGAUCGAUCGAGCUUGUGCAACUCUCCCACUGGCAUCGAGAUCAUUCUGGUGGAAUGUUGAAAGCCAUUUCCAUGAUAAACGAGGCAAGGGCUUCAGACAGUCCCGUCGUCGUUGAUCUUCACCCGGAUCGACCACAUUAUCGAGGGUUCCUGGGCCCAGCUGGACCAGUGUCGCUGGAGGCAGAUCCGACUUUCGCAGAAAUCGAGGCCGCGGGAGCUACUGUGGUCAAGAACGAUAAGGCGCACACGGUUCUCGACGACAUGUUCCUGGUCUCUGGGGAGAUUCCCCGAGUAACCAGCUACGAGGUCGGGUUCAAGCGAGGCGUGAGACUGAAUCCAGAUACCAGUACUUGGGAAAGCGACGAGCUCAUUCUCGACGAGCGAUUUUUAAUGUGCAAUGUCAAGGGUAAAGGACUUGUGGUGUUCACCGGCUGUAGCCAUGCCGGAGUAGUCAACGUGGUGAAGCACGCUGUGCAGCUUGGUGGAACUUCCAAGUUACAUGCUGUGAUCGGAGGCUAUCACCUCGUCGGUCCAAAUGAGGCUUGGAUCAAGGAAACAGUGGCUGAGUUGAAAGAUCUCAACCCUGACAUCCUGAUGCCUGGUCACUGUUCGGGUUGGCGAGCCAAGUUCGAGAUCGAGAAAUUGAUGCCAGGAAAGCUCGCCCCAUCAACCGUCGGCACGAAAUUCUCGUUUUGA